GAAGUUGCGUAUUGUCGUAACGUCUCGCCAAGGGAGGUUCUUUUUGAAGCAAUUUUCACUUGGAGGAAAGAGUGAAAAGAGCGAGGAAAGUCAGCAACACCCGAUUGUCUGAAGUGAAUAUCCAAAGAGAGACAGAGAGAGAGUCUUUUUUUUUUUUUUUUUUUUGAGCGUUGAAAUUAAACAUGGAGUCGCGCGAGACAACUGCAUACGGAGCUUCCUUAGCCGGCGGAUCUUUCGACUUUGUUAAAUUUAUCAAACAGCCACUAACGAUCCUCCGACUUCUCAACUGGGUGUUUGCCAUUGUGGUUUUCGCCACUAUUGUAGCAGAGGGAUAUGUAAAUGCUAAAGACUCAUCGCAGGUGGUAUGCAUAUUCAACAAUAAUGACGGGGCCUGCAAUUACGGAGCAGGCAUCGGGGUCAUCGCCUUUCUCGCCACUUCCGCCUUCAUCUUUGCCGACGCGUAUCUUCCCCUGAUGAGCAGCGCACAGGAGAGGAAGCGUCUCGUGAUUGCUGACAUGGUGUUCUCAGGGGCCUGGACAUUUCUGUGGUUUGUGUGUUUUUGCCUCUUGGCAAAUCAGUGGACAAACACUGUUGAUAGAAAAAGUAUCCCUGUUGAUGCAGCUCAAGCCAUUAUUGUCUUCUCCUUCUUCUCCUUCAUUACAUGGGGUGUGGUGACCUAUUUGGCCCUGAUGAGAUUUCGCGAAGGCAUUAGAGAGAUCAGUCACGGCUUCUCUGAAACUUCUCCAGAACACAUUUCCCCUUACCAGGGAUCAACAAUCCCUCACGAUCACUCUCCGUACGGGGAUACUACUUACCCGUCAGACCUCUACCAGCAGCCCCCCUUCGUGGGUAAACCCGAGCCGACUGGCAACAGUACCUACCAGCCACCAAGCUACUGAGGAGAACAAGGGCCCCUCUCGAGAGAAUGCGAAAAGGGAUGAUUAAAUGGCCCGAUCAUAUGACGCGCAGCAUGGAAGGAGCCUGUAAGAGUAGCCAAUGAGAGCUCUUGUGUAUUGAUAGGCUCAGGCAUUCCUUGAAAUCGACUGGUUCUCCCAGUCACCAUGAAGUUAUUCUUUGUGCUUGCUUUCAGUGAUGCACAGCCUUUCUGUGUUUUGAAAUUGUUUGUAUGUUUGUGUCGCCCAGAGCUGAUUAUCGUUGAUUUCACAAAUGGUGCCUUAAUAUAAUGCAAGUCAUUGUGAAACUGCUAAAGACAGUGUGUUACUGUGCUUAAGCCUAGACUGCUCUGUAAUGUAUAGAUGUUGAUUUUUAUCGCAGGAGUGCCACAUUUUCACACUGUAAUUUGCACCAUGACCCUGAACAAUGACAGAGUUAAAUAGCCUACUUGCACUUAACUGUGCUUUCCAGUUACGCAAUACUUAGUCAGAUGACCAGGUCAGGCAUAAUAAUUCCUCAAGAAUUCACAUUUUGAUGCACUUCUUGCUGCCAAAAUACAGCCAUAGCCUGCACUGUUAAAAAUGUGGCUCUAUUUUCAUUCAUGUGUGCCUUUGGAGGUUUAGUUUUUAUCCUAUACCUUGUACAAGACUACUGAAAUUUUUUUUAGACAUGAAAUUCACCACUUUUGAACUGUAAGAGCCUUGAGUGCACACUGCAUUUACAGACUUUACUCAUUCACAUGAUUUAACAACCUGAUCCUCACAAAGUAUUGCACAAACUGGAAAACCAUCUCCAUAUAUUAAUAACUCACAUCACAGGCCUUAAUCUGGUGUAUUAAUAAAAGCCAAAUCUGUCAUGCCAAAGUUACAGGUUUCAAUCAUAUUUUUCUUUACAUUAGAGCACACACACAGCACCAUUCUUCAUUUCUUUUAAUUGUUACCUGCUUUUCAAUCUGUUACAGAUGAUUUUUCCUUUGGGAUUGUAGUGUACACCUUAUUAAUAAUUAUUUAACCCUAAUUUCACUUCACUUCAGCAUGUGCCUUAUGAUUUGCACUACUUGAUUUGAUGUAUUUCUUUCUGGGAUGUGGGUAAUUAUUAAAUCACUGGCCAUACUCUGUUAAUCAGAUUUUCUAUUGUAACUUUCUCUUUUUUUUAUUUUAAAACACUGGUUUAAAGUUGUUCAAAAUGUUUGAGUGCACGGGAUGUCAUUUGUUUGGAUAUGAAGCACAAACCAGCAGUUGAAGCAAAAUGAAAUUUUUACCAGGGAACAAAAUAAAUAAAUAAAGUUUUAUUGCGAUAAA